ACGGAAAGGAGGUCUAUUCAAUCGUGUAACCCAUUUUUUAAAGUUUUUCCACUUUACACCUUCCAUCUCCCCAGGUGUUGACAAGACAAAAGGAAAAAUAUUGAAUUCACCGUGACAAAAAGACAGUGUCCAAGUCCCAUGAUGAAUUCACGAUCCCAAAGUGCAAGGCUGAAUAAGUGUAAAGAGGAAAAAUGAAUGAUGCACGUGGACGGCACCUCUCACUGAAGACAACGACCCUGGAGAUCGUGUUUGCUUCGCGCUUAAAGUGCAAGGACUGUGGGGUGAUAGUGCUUCUGUAGUACACUGACACUCUCGAUAACACCAAUCAAUUCGAAAAUCACUCUAAGAAAGAAGCAACACUCUUUAUAUACUCUCUUAAACUGUCUACCAGCUCCUACUGAAAUGUCUUGCAAUCGUCAGUAUUGCUGUAGGGCAGAAAGAAGGAAGUUUCGGCUCUAGAUUACUGAUCCUGACGUUUACUACAACGAGUCAAGGUCACUUCGAAGUGGUGAUAAAGAAGCCGAGAUUGGUUAGCUUGCAGUGUGUUGUCUUAAUUGUAGUGAGAAGCCAACAGUUGUGUGGUUUAAUAGUAGUUUUCCAAGCAAAAGUGAUUCAGUGUUACCAAAAGGCAAUUCCAUCAAUUGCAAUUGUCCAGCAACAAAAGAGACAACUGUGUCCAUCACUAAGCCUCAACACGUGCGACGACAAUAACGGCACAUGUGAGCACCGGUGCGAGAUUAGCGAUUUGAUGGAACUAGCAAAGAGCCAAUCGCCAAGCGGUUCGGCACGAGCCGUCACCCAAAUGAGAUGGGUUGGGGUGAAGUGAAAUGAAAUGGAAGAGAAGAGAAGAUGAAAUGGAACCAAGUGAAAUGAACUGACAAGAGAAAGUGUACUCGACAGGUAAGAUAUACGUCACGUGCAAUAUUUUUCGGUGAAAUCGGAUGAAACAGGUGUGAGAAAAAUUAAGGUGAGCAGUGGAUCAGUGAGCACUCUAUAUGUUGAUGUGAAGGUUACAAAAUUGGAUGUGAUCACUGUAAAUUUGGUGUGAGUGGUUCCAGGACGAAGAAUGCAUUCGAUGAAAAAUUUUGGCAAGAUGUAAGGCCUUGCGAUAUUUGUAAAUAGCCGCGGAAAGGGAAACGCUUUCGCAAUCCAGUGUUACGAGCGGAAAGCAUACAGAUGCAGACGACCAUGCUGAUGACAGUGAUGUGAGAAGAAGAGUUCCGCUGUGAUUACGAUAUUACUUUAUUGGAUAUCGCUCCCGCCGACUACUCUUUGCGAUAACGGUACUUAUGGCUCAUACUGUGGAUUAUUUUCUAUUUCGAAAUAGAAUUUGAUGAUCGUAUUGGCAUUUUCAAUGCGUCGACUCACAGGGUGGAUGUGACCAGCGUCUAUCAACCAAACCUCGAUCUGCCUCAGAAGGAUCUACAUCCGUGAGGGAAAAAUGAUCAGGACCAACCCUAAACGUUCAGCCACGCAUUGGAGGGUUGCCCUACUCUUUUUGGGCUUCCUAGGAUCUGCAGAAUUUGUCCGUUCAGCUCCAGCGGAUCCAGAAAAACUAAAGCAGAGAACGUCCUCCCUAUCUUCUCCAAGAAGAUCACCAGAGCAGGACAUAGGUUCCCCAAGUGAACUAGCCUGGCAGGCUUGGCUUUUAGUGGACGCCCAACCAGCAGGAUCGAACACGGGUCUUGACUCUGCCAGCAUUCCCCGAAGAAUAACACCUAAGAGCGUCUUCAUUGCACCUUCACGCCAAGCCUGCGCCGACGGUUACAAGGCAGACAAGAUGGGCAGGUGUCAAAAAGUAGUUAUCAUUAAUCGCGAAGCUCAUUUCGAUUUCAUCGUAAACAGAUUGAAUCAAUUGUACGGCAAGAAUCCUUCUCAAGCAGCUAGUACUAUGGUUGAUAAAAAACAGUCGCCUAUUGCCACUGGCCCUCUGCAACUCAACAUUCCUCUUCUUCCAGAUUCAAGCCAAGAUGAAUCCUCUUCCCACGGGGAAGAGGAGGAACCUCCUCAUGGAGCAAUACCUCUGGGUGCCAAAAAAGAAUCGUCAGUGUUUAAUUACAAAAGAAAUGACACUACUAAGCUUAGUUCUGAGGAAGAUUAUGAGAAGUCUUUUUUUCUUCAAUCCAAUUCGACGGAUAAUAAGAAGAACAAUCAAGGCUCUUCGACAACUGCUUUUGUGGUUCCUGUAGUCGACUUUAUUGACGAGGCGAACGAGACAUUUCCAGAGAUAGUGGAUUACAACAUACCGCAUGGUCUGCAGACUGUUCUCAAUCCCUCGACUGUAGUGUAUGAUUCGAGGAAAGAAGAUUUUUCGACAACAGAAGAUAGUUUUACACAAGAAGAUAAUGCGGCGACAACGACGUUGUUCAACAAGGACCAAGUCAGCGAUUACGACUAUUCUCAAGAAAACGUGACUGUGAGAAGCGACUCGGAAACGGAGAACGUGACCGAGAGUCCGAUUCGAAAGGAGAUCAUAAGUGAUGACAUUUCUGAUAUUGACUCAGAAAUGGAAUCUUGGAGGAACGAGAGCGAUGCGUCAUCAAUUGAGGGUACAAAGAAUAAUGAGACGACUGAAGCUGACGUUCUUUACGAGGAAGAUACCGUACCGGAUCUGGAAGACCUGGAGGAGUACACAGACACAACUCAAGUCUCGGAGGAUGACACCGGGGAAUCCGAGGACGAGCUCCUUAAACAUGGGGAGACGGGCAUGACGAUUCCGAUUGAGAAUCAGGCCUUAGUUCGGUCCGAGAAGAAGAAGACGCAGGUACCAAAAGAUGACUUUCCGAUGGAGACGACUACUUUUUUUGAGGACGAAAGCGAUUCCAUAACGACCACCGAGGGAGGUGAGGACCUCGGGAGUAACGUAUCCAGCGAGGUGAGUAUCAACAAAGACUUCGUCUUGGAAACGACUCUUCUCGACGUAAAUACAGGAAAGGUGAAAAAUUUCACGAAACCUGUUUCUGUGAAUAGCACUCCCAGUAAGCAGAACAGUGAGGACGAUUUGACAGCAUUCUUCGAGGCUGAAAAAAAACUCAUUACCGAACCGGAGGUCAUCUUCUCGCCACAGGAUAAUCGUGGUAGCUCGAGCCCUUAUGGUAGGAAACGAGACGGACAGCUUCUUCAGCCAAAUUUUCAGUCCGUCGAGAAAUCGCACAAUUCGACGAUCGCGGAGCCACCGAUGGCUUCAAUGCCAUUUCAACAUCUUUCUCAGUUUGCUUUCCAAACUCGUCCAAUAGAAGAACAGGCUAGCUUCCAAAGUGAGAGGAUCCUGCCUCCAGAUACACAGAACAAUUUCCCUUUUCGGUCACCUAACCUGGAUCCCAAACCCCCCGAUUUUGGCAAUUACAGGCCGAACCCAGUGAACAGACGAGGCCAAGAUUUCGUGAGGUUUCCAAACUACCAAAGGCCGCGUGAAGGAUAUAUUAGAUUUCCAUCAGAGGAGGUCAACAGUAUUCACCAUCCAGAGAUUAAACAGAGAUUUCCUUAUUCUCGCGAGGAUUAUCCGAGUUCUUCCACGGGCACUAAGAACAAUAUUUCCUUUAAUCAGAAGCAAUCUAACUGGUGGGUUCCAUCACCUCCGAGGACUGACAGACAGCAGACGUUUAUGGAGGGGCAAACCUCUAAAAAUCAGAACCCAAUGCUCCUGAGAUUCUGGGCCAGGAUGCCUCUCGUCAGAGAUCCCAGUUUGGAUUCCAACUUCCCUCCAAUGCCUAGUGAUCAGACUUUUGAGAAAGAGAACAUCUCUAGAAGUGCUAGAGUCUCAUCCUCGAGGAGGAGCAACUUCCACGAGGAAAACUCUCCGCACGAGGUGAAGAGAGUCUUCUCUCGGAAUGCGCGGAGCUCGAUUGGAGGAUAAGAACCGGAUAGCUGGACGCUUCCCUUUAUUUUCAACUCGGUCAGAAAACCGCAAGACGUCUUUGAGAACGGUGCCAAAUACGUACUUAUGAGCCAAGGAUUCCUGGAAGGUCAGCCAAAUUUGCGAUUGAUCAGUGGAUUGAUUGUAAACAAAGAAAUUACGCAAGCAUGAGACUUUGGAAUUCACCCAUGUCUUCUCCUCGCGACAGUGGCGAAGAAUCAAGACUAGGUGUCCUUGGUGAUGAUAAUUUUUCCCAGGUUCCUCCAGAUUCGGGGGUUUCCUUGAGGUUCGCGUUCACAUAAGGCAAUCAUCGGAGAGUAGGAUGGAUGCUUGGAUUUCAACUUCCAUCGGUGAAAGUGGACAUGAAAGUUGCGAGGACAUUGCACAACCUUGACGUUUCAGUUCUAGCACUACACCUUCAGAGUCCUUUCGAGAGAAAGGAUUCUAAAGAGAGCCGAUUAGAAAGAAUAGUUUCAAAGUGUUGAAAAGAAUGUACACAAAGUCGAAAUAUUUUAGAGAUUGCUGUGACAACUCAAAUGCUUUACAUGCUUUAAAUUAUAAAUUCAAGUAUGAUGUUCAUAUUAUUAAUUUCUUUUGUAUAUUUCAAAGUCCGAAUCUCAUCUUGAAUAUAGAGCGUUUGAGUAGUCACAGCAAAUUUUAAACGCAAAAAGAUCUUCACAUGUAUAUCUUACUUACAUACAUGAUUACCAGAUAUCACAGGUUCAAAAAGAAGAAGCUCUGUUCAGUCACUAAAAUUGAGAAUGAAAUUGUCAAUUUUCGCGGACUCAGCAAGGUUUUCAAAAUUCUAUUUAACCUCUCAAGAUCUCUAAUACUCAAAUAUACCGCAAAAUAUUAAUAUAAUUAAACAAUUCAGCGAGCAGGGUCUCUUGAAAAUUUUGUAAGAUUAAUAUUUAAUGAAAAGAAACUUCGCUUUCGAAAUUUGUAUAUUGCAUGAUAAUUAGUAUUUUAACACAUUUUCUAUUUGAGAUAUUGUAAUUUCUAUGUAUCCAAGAUAUUAUAUUCUGACUUAAAUUAUGAACAAUCUAAAUUAUUCAUAAAAUUGUAGCUCCAAUCUUGAAUAUCUUGGAAUAACUUAAACUUGGAUUUCAAGUCUGAAAGCAAUAAUAAAAUUGUAUUGGCGAAUGCUACUGUAUAGUCAUUUUUACAUUAAGUUGAUAGUCUUUUUCUUAUGCAUUUAAAUAACGCACAGAUGUAUGUAUUCGGUGCAGUAGGUGCAUGCAUUGUCGAGAUGUACUAUCGUUAGCUUGUCUUACACGAGAAUCUACUAAAUUUAAUGGAUGUCGAUUGUCGAUGUUAGGCGUAGAUUAUUGUCAAAUUUAAAUGACAGGUAUACUACCAGUCAAAAUUGCAAGUCCACUUAUAAAAUCCGGAUUAAAAACAGUCCUAGAAAGCCUAUUUAAAUUUCGGAUCAGUUUAGUACGACUUGAAGGGCUUUCGAUAAAGACAUACAAAAAUAUUUAAUGCUUCUCGGCUUAUAAUAAAAAAUGUAGACGCUUUUAUCUACUAUUUUCCACGCGCCUGUUGGAACUCCUCCUGAACGGGCAGAUUCUCAUUUUGGUCAGGCUGUCACAUUUUAUAUUGCCAUUUUAGAAACAGUAUUAAUUUACAUUUCGCUAAAUUAGAGUAAAAAAUCUCGUGCUUAAAAUGAGACCAAGAGUAUACAAAAAAUAUUUAAUGAUUCUCGAAUUAUUAUCAAAAAUGUGGAAGCUUUUGUCUCCUAUUUCCCAAGCGCCUAUUGUAACUGGUUCUAGAUGGACAGAUUUCAAUUUUGUUCACGCUUUCAAAUUUUAUAUUAUAAAUUUAGAAUCAGUGUUAAUUUACAGUUCGCUAAAUUAAAGUUAAAAAUCUCCUCUUUAAAAUGAGACCAAGAGCAUACAAAAAAUAUUGAAUGAUUCUUGAAUUGUUAUAAAAAAUCGUGUAGAAUCUUUUAUCUCCUUAUUUACCACGCGCCUAUUGGAACUGGUCCUAGAUGGACAGAUUUUCAUUUGGGUCACGAUUUACAUUUUAUAUGAUAAUUUGAGAAUCAGUAUUAAUUUAAACUUUUCUAAAUUAAAGUUGAAAAUCUCCUCUUUAAAAUGAGAGCAAGAGCAUACAAAAAUAUUUACUAAUUCUCGAUUUAUUAUGAAAAAUGUAGAAGCUUGUGUCUCCUAUUUCCCACGCGCCUAUUGGAGCUGGUUCUGGACGGAAAGAUUUUUAUUUUAGACACGGUUUCACGUUUUAUAUUAUAAAUUUAGAAUCAGUGUUAAUUUACAAUUCGCCAAAUUAAAGUUAAAAAUCUCCUUUUUAAAAUGAGACCAAGAGCAUACAAAAAAUAUUGAAUGAUUCUUGUAUUGUUAAACAAAAUAUGGAAGUUUUCAUCUUCUAUUUCCCACGCGCCUAUUGGAGCUGGUUCUGGAUGGACAGAUAUCCAUUUUGUUCACGCUUUCAAAUUUCAUAUUAUAAUUUGAGAAUGAGUAUUAAUUAAAAAUUUUCUAAAUUAAAGUUGAAAAUCUCCUCUUUAAAAUGAGAGCAAGAGCAUAAAAAAAUAUUUACUAAUUCUCGAAUUAUUAUGAAAAAUUUAGAAGCUUUCGUCUCCUAUUUCCCACGUGCCUGCUCGACCGGCCCUCAUUCAUUCAUUCAUUUUGGGCACGCUUUCAUAUUUUAUAUUGUAAUUUUAAAAUCAGUAUUAAUUUUAACUUUUCUGAAUUAAAAUAAAAAAUCUCCUCUUUAAAAUAAGAAAAACAGUAUAAAAAAAUAUCUACUAAUUCUCGAAUUAUUAUAAAAAAAUUUAGAAGCUUUUGUCUCCUAUUUCCCACGCGCCUACUUGACUGGCCCUCAUUCAUUUAUUUAUUUUGGGCACGCUUUCAAAUUUUAUAUUAUAAUUUUUAAAUCAGUAUUAAUUUAAACUUUUGUUAAAUAAAGUAAAAAAUCUCCACUUUAAAAUGAGAGCAAGAGCAAAAAAAAGACUGCCUGAGUCUCGAAUUAUUAUAAAUGAUGUGGAAGCCCAAGACGAAAAUCGGCCCUUCGAGCAGACGCAUGGGAAAUAACAGACCAGUAAAUGUUUUUUGACAUUCUAAGUCUUAUUUUAAAGAGCAGAUUUCAGACUAUUUCAAUGAAGUUUAAAUGAACACUAUAAAAGUAAAUCGGUAAAUUUGAUCAUUAAAUUGGUACGCCCAAGCCGAAAAUCGGUCUGUCCAAUGUCAGUCGAACAGAUAACACAUGGUAAAUAGGGCACUUGUGGCGGCAGCUAUCUUUUAUCCCUUAUUUCCCACGCGCCCUUCACAUUUUUUAUAAUAAUUCGAGAUCCAGUGAAUAUUUUUUUAUAUUCUUGGAUUCAUUUUAAAGAGGAGAUUUCAGACAUUCAUAUUACAAAGUUAAAAUUCAUAGUAGAGAUUAUUAUUUAUAAAACUUAUUGAAACUUCGUCUUAAUAAAAAAUGUGGAAGCGUGAAAAUCGAUCCGUCGAGCGGCAGUCGAAUAGAUAACGCAUGGAAAAUAGAGCACUAGUGGCUCCUGAUGUUUUUUAUCUCCUAUUUCCCACGCGCCUUUCACGUUUUUUAUGAUAAUUCGAGAACUAGUGAAUAUUUUGUUAUGUUCUUGGUCUCCUAUUACAGAGAAGAUUUUAGGCUUUAAUCCGUCGAAGUUUCAAUUAUUCUCAUAUAUUUCCCUAAAACAUAAAGGGAAUAGAAGUUGAGAUUCGAAAAUUAGUCAAAAACUUGAUCCAAUUUUCAUAGGUGGAUGCACAAUUUCGACCGGUAGUUUACGUAUAAAAGCUUUCCCCUAAAGAAGAAAAAGGGCGAGUGCGUUUGGUACAAAAAGUACCAUGAUAGACUGAAUGUAGUGUAUUAUUUUAUUUAUGUGAUCAUCGCGGUACUACUGGCAAUAGAACCGAGUGAAAAGAUUUCUACGAAUCCUCAGAAUCUCAGAAUUGUACUAUAUUAUAAAAUUUGGUUAGAUUUCCUUCAUUCUGAUUAAAAUUUAUCCCUCAAAUAUGACGAAAAAAUUUUACUGGAUUAAAGAAAUUGCCUUCUACUACCAUAUCACUGUUGUGCAAUAAAAUCGAUUAGUAGCACUGUUACUAAAUAAAUGUGUGCUUUUCAAGUAAAAAGAAUGUGUCUGUAUGUUGUUAAUGUGUCAAUUUACAAGUGAACUUCGUCCUUCGUUUGUGACGUUCCAAAGAAUCACGGCCACGAUUGUAAUCCCAAAAAAGUCAAAGAAAAUUCGGUUAAACCUUUUAUAGUGAAUUAGACUAGAGAAUUCAUCAAGGUCUUAUUAAAACUGACAUUAGGGAAAAACAGAUACCGAUUGCAAAAUUGACAUUUUUUUGUUGUAAUUCGUAAUGAAGAAAAUUGUAUGGAGCAA